AUGGAAAUCCGUGGCGGAAACAGACGACAAUCCCGAAUGCAGAAAGUCGUAACAAGAAGAUUCAUCUUCAACAAAUCCAAUAUCGCCGCUCUAAAAAAACAAGCCAAUUCUGCCGCAUUAUUCCUCAACCAACGCCCUCCUUCACGAGUAGAAUCCGUCUCCGGCUUCCUCUGGAACCGAUUCAUAGCCCUAUCCCAUCAAAAACCCCCAACCAAAGCAAAGCGUUUCGUCGCAAUCCAAACCGUCAAUCUCCGCAGCCGAAUGAACCCACCGUUGCCGCCGCACUCCUUCGGCAACAUCUGUUGGUCCGCCACCGCCGAAGUUCCAAUCGACGAGAAACAACACUUCCCGUUUUUGGUCGGCAAAAUCAGAGAAGCGAUAAAAGAAAUCGACGAUGAAUAUACAAAGACACUGCAAGAUACUGAGAAAUCGAUGAGGGCAAAAAUGAAGAUGGGAGAAAGAGUUUAUUCAGGGGAAGUGGAAAUGGUUUGCUUCACAAGUUGGUGCAAUUUUCCAGUUUAUGAAACGGAUUUUGGUUGGGGAAAACCGACGUGGGUCUGUACUCCUGGGAGGCCGUACAAGAACGUGGUGCUCUUCGUUAACACUAGCGAUGGUGAAGGAAUCGAAGCAUGGGUGAAUUUGGAGGAGAACGAUAUGGCGCUUUUUGAAAAUGAUUCCGAGCUUCUUUCCUUCACGUCAUCAUCUUGA